AGUCAAAUCUCCCGCCGGUCCUUCGCUCGGUCGGAAUUGGGUCCGGCGAUGGCGCGAGAGCUUCUUAUUGGCAGCUGAACUCAGGAUAAAGUCAGGCGGCGCGGGAACCUUAGCGCUUCGAGAGCAGCUGAACUGACGUAGGUGAACUACUUCUCUGAACGCUCUGGACUCAGGAUGAGCUGCAUUAACCUGCCCACCGUACUACCCGGCUCCCCCAGCAAAGUCCGGGGGCAAAUCCAGGUGAUCCUGGGGCCUAUGUUCUCCGGGAAAAGCACCGAGCUCAUGCGUAGAGUCCGACGAUUCCAGAUCGCCCAGUACAAGUGCCUCGUGAUCAAGUAUGCCAAAGACACUCGGUACAGCAAAAAUUUCUCCACACAUGACCGGAACACUAUGGAAGCACUGCCAGCCUGCUUGCUUCGGGAUGUGGCGCAGAAUGCCCUGGCUGUGACUGUCAUUGGUAUUGAUGAGGGACAGUUUUUCCCAGAUAUUGUGGAAUUCAGUGAGACCAUGGCAAAUGCUGGGAAGACAAUAAUUGUAGCUGCACUAGAUGGGACCUUUCAGAGGAAGGCAUUUGGGAAUAUCCUAAACUUGGUGCCACUGGCAGAGAGUGUGGUGAAACUAACAGCAGUGUGCAUGGAGUGCUUCCGGGAAGCUGCUUAUACCAAGAGACUGGGGAUUGAGAAAGAGGUUGAGGUGAUCGGUGGUGCUGACAAAUAUCACUCUGUGUGUCGACUCUGCUAUUUCAAGAAAGUCUCAGGACAAUCUACUGGGCUGGAGAACAAAGAGAACUGCCCCCAGAGUGGGAAGCCAGGAGAUACCACAAGCUGUCGGAAACUCUUUCCUAGUCAACAGAUUCUACAAUGUAGUUCAAGCAACUGAGGCAAUAGGGUUGUACCUGGGUCUGGCUUUGACCUAGGGAGAUAAAUUCAAGGAGGGAGAGGGAGAGGGAGAGGGAGAGAGAAAGUAAAAGUUACUUGGACCUUGUUAUUAUCUCCCCUAUAUCCCUCAGAAAAAGACCCCAGGAAUUGGGGGAAGAGGAAAGAAGAGUGCUUUAUAUCUUGGAAAAAAAACCCUUUUGAACCCAAGACUUAUACAACUUGAUUCCACCCUUCCCAUUCUUUGGUCUACAAGAAUUGCUAGUAAAAUACCUCACUUUCCUUCA